GUCAUUAUCUCUGACGUCGAGGGCGGCGUGGACGCCUACUGCCGCAACAUCGAGCCGCCCACGUGCAUCGACAGGUGGCGGCCCGCCGUCCGCAUUUGCAGCUUCGACCAGCUGCGCUUCGACGGCGCGGAGCCGGCGGGCGCCCCCCCGGGCGACGGCGGCGUCGCCCCCCCGGAAGCCCCCCCGGGCGACGGCGGCGGCACCGGCGGGCCCGACGCCAGGCCAGGCAACGAGCCAUCCCCGAAGAGGCGCCGGAAGUGA